AUGAAUCUGGACAAUGCAAGUGCUCCAGAGGUCUUUAUUCUCUUAGGUUUCUCCAACCACCCAUGGUUGGAAAUGCCCCUGUUCAUUAUGGUGCUUGUUGCUUAUAUCUGCACACUGGUGGGCAACAUCUCAAUUAUUGUGGUAUCCAGAGUAGAUCCGCAUCUUGACAGCCCUAUGUACUUCUUCCUUUCCAACCUCUCCUUCUUGGACCUGUGCUUUACCACAACUACCAUACCUCAGCUGCUGCUUAACCUUUGGGGCCCAGAUAAGUCUAUCAGCUAUGGGGGAUGUGUGACCCAGUUUUAUAUGUUUCACUUCCUGGGAGCCACUGAGUGCAUCCUGUUAGCUGUGAUGUCCUUGGAUCGCUACAUUGCCAUCUGCAAGCCUUUGAGGUACCCAGCUAUUAUGCAUCAGCGACUCUGCAUCCUCCUCGUGGCUGUGGCCUGGAUAAGUGGAUUGGCUAACUCCUUGCUUCAGUCAACUCUCACUGUCCAGCUGCCACUUUGUGGUAACAACAAGGUAGAUAAUUUUCUUUGUGAGGUUCCAGUGAUGAUCAAGAUGUCAUGUGUUGACACUACAUUCAAUAUAGCUAUGCUCUCCAUUGUGGGGACUUUCUAUUCCCUGGUUCCUUUGUCACUUAUCCUUAUCUCCUAUGGGUUUAUUGUAGCUACUGUGCUUAGGAUUCGAUCUUUGGAGGGAAAGAAGAAAGCUUUCAAUACUUGUGGUUCUCAUGUUAUUGUUGUAUCUCUUUUCUAUGGACCAGUAAUUAUCAUGUAUGUACAACCCUCUGCUGCUAACUCACAGGACAAGAACAAACUCAUGUCUUUGUUCUACAGUUUAGUGACUCCUAUGCUUAACCCUUUUAUUUAUACUUUGAGGAACAAGGACAUGAAAGGAGCAAUGAGGAGGCUUCUUGAAAGGUUAUUGAUGAUAUGCAAGGGUCAUGCCUUGAUUUUAUCAACUUUUAUCAUUGUAAAUAAUAAUCUCACACUUUUAUACUCUCCAAGCUUACAACACCCUCAGUCUUUUGACUUGAAUUUGGGCAACUACAAACAGUCCAAGAGACAAAAACUGAAAUCCAUAGAUGACAAGGAAUCCAGGAUCAAGGAAUUAAAAUUCCAGAUAAAAGUGAUGCACAGAAAACUGGGCCUCCUAAGUUAUAAGGGUUCUGUGUUUGGGAUUAGCAUCUCUGAGGGCUUCAUGUAUGUGGCCUGUUUGGUAGCUAGGAAGUUUCUGUGCAAAGCCACUGGCUGCUUGGAAAACUUCUGUGCAAAGACAUGGGCCGCCUAG